AUGAUACGGCGACUCGCAUAUGAAAAGGCGCUGCCUCAGGAGCUCGUUGCCUUCCAACAGAUUAUGGACAAUAUACAGAAGGAUAUAGAUCUUCGACGACUACGUUCUCUGCUGGACCCUGACGUCACCGAGCUCACGCAUGUUUCGGAGCUACAGGAUGAUGGCCGCUCUGAUAUUAUGCCAAUUGCUCACAGCUUCCCAAGCCUAGUCUCAGAGACGCAGGCACAUUUCGAUGCUAGAACCCGUGCCUCCAGGGUCACAUGGGCCGCUUGUUCGGACGGUAAGACCUUCAACGGCUACCCCGCGGACCCAGACGAGGGAGUCAGAGCCGAAAAGUACAUUUCCGAGUUGUCAAGCACCAUCCACGGUAGACUCGGUGGGAACAUUGACGCUGGUGCUUGGAAGUCACUAUCCAAGCGUCUCUUUGGCCUUCUAAAGGACUUUGCCAUCAAACUUGGCCUUGAGUCUUCGGCCCAGGUGAACCGAGACAUUAUGUAUUUUAUACACAAACGUGGUCGUGAGAUUGCGACGCAACUUGACUCAAUGAUCAUCAGCGUCGAUGCUUCAGCAGAUGAUGCCGACGAAAGUAAUGAAGUCAAGAUAGACCACAUGCUGCUUAGCGAUAAGAUGGCGUUGUGGACCAGCAAGGCGACGGAAAUAGAGACAUCUGUCGACGAGAAAGAGCUUUUCGUGGGAGUCACAGACGUGGAAGAGACCAUCGACGCGCCGAUACUAUCCACUUACAAUAAGACUGUUGUGGAGAGUAAUUCACUCAACUGGCUCAUCGAAAGCCUGCGAAGAGAAUUGACACUCAAGCGAGAUAUUGAUGAGUCAGAAGGUUGCAAUCAUCGCGAAAUCAUACGGCGCAAGGUCAUGGAGAACCUCCCAACUGGCAAAAUUAGCAAAAACAGGCCUCCAACGACACACUCUGUAAUAUUUCGAGUGCCGGGAUGGGCGCUCCUUCGCAGACUUCAAGUGGACAGAUACGGAUCUGAAAGGCCCCUAUACGAGGCCAUGGUAGUAACAUAUUGCUCAGGGAAUGCCCAGGCAGCAAUUGUUGAGGAUUACAUGGAGCAGACAUGGCCUUCAACAUGGAAAACGAUCUUCAACUUGUUGCAGACGGUAUCUCGCAGUUCCAGCAGCGGCGUUCAUGCAGACCCGGGUAUCAGUAUCGUCUGA